GCCAACUGAACUGAAUCUCAAAUCAAAUGCAAACCUGAGAAUGGAUGAAGACAAUCUCACUUCCUCCGACUCUCCCCCCAACCGCGGCGCAACGGUGGAGCAAUGCCAACGCAUGAUUCGUAAGAGUCUCCUUUGUGAAGUUCUUGAGGGAGCACUUGGAGAAAGCUGGGUGUGCUGUAGGAGAUAAUUUCAUCAGGGCUGUUAAAUGCGAUGGCACGGGAAUAGCUGGUGGUUACACCAAGGGACAAGGGAUAGUUGUGUGCUGCAACCAGAUGGAAUCUCAAGAUGAUGUUGAUCAGGUGUUAAAGCAUGAGCUAAUUCAUGCAUUUGAUGACUGUCGUGCUGCCAAUUUGGAUUGGACGAAAUGUGCUCACCAUGCUUGUAGCGAGAUAAGAGCUGGUCACCUAAGUGGUGAUUGCCAUUUCAAAAGGGAACUUUUUAAACUAGCGUCUCUGAAAAUUCGAGGGCAUGAACAAUUUUCAGGAAAACUCGUCCUGUUGAAGAUGCUAGAGGUCUUAAGUCCUUCCAUGGUCAAGAACCCAAGGCUGGUGGUGAUGGUCCUCAAUCUGGUCGUGAUAUGCAGCAACAUGUUGGUUCCUAAACCUGUUAGUGCUGCUGAAGAUGGCAAGAAUUCCAGGGUAGAUUUUAAUCCUAAGGUUGGUGCUGGAUCAAUUGCUAUGGUAGUUGCUGUUUCAGACAUUAAUGAUGACGCUGGUGGUAAUCAGGCUUCUGGUGCUGACACAAAUCCUGAUGGGCUGCAUAAGAAUUCAGUCUCAGUCCAGAAAAUUCCUGCUGUGAUAGGUUCGGAUGGCAAUUUGGACUCUGGUUCAGCUACUGAACAUGGUGUAGCUGAUAAGGUUGCAGUCAAUGUUCCAGUAGUUGAGUCUGUUGUUCAGUCAGUUGAAGGUCAGCCGAUUGACCAGGGACCUGCUGGGGGUGUUUCCAAUAUUGGUCUUGCAGCAAAACCAAAAUAUUGGUCUCUUGCUGAUUCUGACUUGGAAUCAGAUGAAGAUGGUCUGGAUCCUUUUCUGAAUCAAAAUCAGCAUUUGUAAGUGAAGGAUUGCCAACCUGUUUGGGUUGUGGAGCAUACAAACUCUGCUGCUUCAAGUUCUCUGGAUGGGAUGCUCCUCUUGAGGACAUUUCAGAACAUGAUAUAGUUUCCUCUCAGAUUCAUGGACAUGAUGCAGUUUCUGUUCCAGUUACAUCUGCUGAGCAUCCGUAUAAGCAACCUGUUAUUUCAGCUGAUUUAAUCACUUUUGCUCCUUCAGUCCAGCAGGAUUUUAACAUCCUUGCAGCCAGCGGUUUUGUUUUGACUGAGGUUGAGCAGGCAUCACCUUCCCAGCAUGUUGAAUCCAAGAAUUAGAAGAAACUGAAAUCAGCUGCUAAAUUACCUAGAACCAGGUCAAGGGCUGCAAAGGCAUCUAAAGUUUUUUGAUGCUUACACAAUGCAGUUGCUGCUUUGUCCAUUUCUUGUUUUGGCUUGAGCUUGGUGGAGAAAUUGAUUCGGUUGUUUUGCAGCAAUGGCUUUGGUUUUUCUUGUUGCUGUGCGCUGUUGGUUCUGCAUUGGUGUUAAAUGAUGCAGCAGUUUCUAGUCUUGCCUAAAUCUGAUCAGCAUAGGCAUUCUGUUUUUGCAUCAUUUUCUGACUCAUCAUCUAAUCUUGAUUUAGCUGCUUCUAUUCUAGGAGUAGGCUCCUACUGCAGUUCCUGUUCAGUGGGGGUGCUGCUGUCUGCAUUUUCUGGUUGAGAUCAGUCUUGCUGCUUGCUGGCUGACCUGUUGGCUUGAGUUGGCUCUGGAUAUGGUUGUUGAAAUUGGCUACUGUUUUGGCUCCUAGUUGGUGACAUUUGUUUUUGUUCCUGAUCAGGCUGGCUGGCUGCUGCGUUGAUCUUAGUCCCUGGCUGCUGAGUGGAGACCUGGAUUUGGCUUCCCUUAGUUUUUGUUUCUUGUUCUUGGUUUGGCUGAUAGACCUAUUUUGUACACUGAGUUCCUUCCUUGUAUCUUUACAUUUCUUUUACUUUCCGUUGUCUGUUUCUAGUGAGUUUGGUUUUGGUCCUCUCACAAUUUAAUAAAAAAGAGGAGACGCAGAAAGGGAAACUGCAGGAAUGGUGGAGUGUUAGAAAAGCCCAAUGACAAAGAUGAAAUGAGGAAGGUGUUGGAAGCACGAAAG